AAACGUCGUACUCGGAUUGCUUGUGUUGUGGAUUUGCUCUCCAACCCACCGGCGUGCUGUACGAGUAACGUAUUGGCUGGCGUGUUCUGUUUACGGGAUAAACCUUACCAAUUGGCAGUGUCGGGUAGCGGCGGGUUUAACGACACAUGUUUAUUUACGCGAUCUAACCCCAGAAAACUGAACUAUGGAUGAUAUUGCUCGCGAAAGUCUACUACGUGUUAAACUCAAGUGGCUUUUGUUUGAAAAAAGAACCACGUGGUUUCGGACGCGUCCGCAAGUUUUUAUCGUGGUCAUCUCGGAGGCAACAGAUGUCAUGGACGAGCCUGCUCUCUCAUCAUUCCAAAUCACGUGGCCAACAUCGGCGGGAUGUCCACGCUCGGGGGAGGGCAGCCAAGUACGGGUUCAGACUGGCCAGAGGAAUCGGGCUGAAUGAGUGAGACCGUGGUCCCAGUCUGGCACAUACUGGAGAUGCGCAAAGAGCUCACGCUGCACCUGUGGCCACGCAAGGAGGCUCCGCUCGGGGACCGGUGCCAGGUGUGCAGGGUGAACCCCAACCUGAACCCCAACCUGAACUCCAACCUGACGGCGAACUGCACUUACAACUCAACCGACCUGCACAUCAACCCCAGCGCCAGCAUUCACGUGGGGUUCACGUGCCCCGAACCGGAGAAGCAUUUUGCCAUGAACGCCUCGCUCAAGUACCUGUUCAACCCAAAGCAUCUGGGCCAGGUUUCCAUGCGGGUCCCCAUGCUGCCCAGGACCUUCCCGCUCUCGCUGGUGGAAGUGAAGUGGAAGCUGAUGCUGUCCACCAAGGGCGAGGAAGGCUCCCUGGAGAUCCUAUUCCCGACCCCUCGCCCCUCGACCAUCAAACCGCCCAGCCAAAGGCCGCCGGGCGUUGCGGGUGGCUCGGACCAGGCGGGGCCCUGCGACGAGGGGGAGCUGCACAUCUUCACGAGCGACUGGGUGGCGCAAGUCAUGACGGUCGGCUCCUUCUGCCAGCACGGGGCUGGCAAGGAGGGCGGCCUCCAGAAACUGCUGUCGAGAAACGGCACGUCUGUUCGGCUCCUGCUCCCGCCCAAGUCUCGUGCCAAGCGUUCACCCUAUCCCUCCGCCGUGGAGUUCAGCGUGUCCUACCUGGCCCAAGAGAUUCAAGAUCAAUACAUCGUGUUUUACGAGCUCGGACGCAACGGCUCGGAGGUGGUGCAGAGCGCGGGCUGGCCCCGCGGCGUGCCGGACCUCAUGUCAGGCAGCUGGUUGGUGAGCACGGUGGCGGUGAAAUCCAGGAGCAUUCCCGACUACGCCACCAGGGUCACGUUCCUCAACGCGAGCGCGCCCAAGUGCCGGCAGGGCCACGUCACCAUGGCCGUGGAGCCCUUCACUUCUGCCCAGCCGCGCCACUCCCUCAACGAGGGAAAGUCGUGGCGAGAGGACGACGCAUGGCCCCAGUUGGUUGGGCUCUCCAGUGACACCUUCUACCUCAACUUCUCCAACUGCAAGGUGGAAUCAGGCAGUCUUCUCUUCAAGGCACUCAUAGAGCCAGGCGUAAAACCACCGCCAGACUCCAAGGCGCUGAUGAUUGGUGGGAUAGCUGGCGGCGUGGUCGCCAGCGUGCUGCUGAUCGUCCUGGUGACGGUGUGCUGCGUCUGCAAGAAGCGUAGGCGAAAGCCCCCAAAUACGAACGACGCAGGAGGAGAUGGAGGCUUUCGGGGGCAGUACGAAGGCUUCGUGCCACGUGGGAUGCAGAGUGGACGGACGCGCAAGGCCAGCGACUCCUCCAUAUACGAGGUCAUACCCGACGAGGCUGUCUACAGCUUCCACAAAGCGAAAGACAAGAAUCCCCCGACCCCCAACGGACAGGAGCAGGUCCUCACCGAAAACGAGUUCUAUCGCGCGUUCCACCACCUCUCGCCCCCGCCGCUGCCAAGCCGCAAUACGCCGUCCACCUCCAUGGAGAUGGUGGCCUACGACCUGCCCCCCACGGACGACCACGAGGACGACCACGAGGACGACCGAGUGGAGGAGGAGGAACGCGGGCGGCAGAAGCAGCAACUACGCCCUGGGGAACCCCUGCUCAACCAAGUAGGGAUUCCUAAAGCGACCGAUGAAGAAGCCGUACAGAAAUAGCCACCGAGUGCAGGCCGACGUCUCUCCGAUGUGUGUCCAGGCUGUGCCGCGUGCUCUUCGGUAGGAUGGCCAAUGUUUAGCUGCACGUGGUCCCAGAGGAGCUCCCAGCAACGUGGAACAAAAACGUGAGACAUCGUGUGGAGCAAAGCGUCGGACGCACACCUGCAAAAAUCUAAGCGAUGAGUAUCUCCAGACAGGUGCUGUGCUGCUCUCCUGGAGCGCACCUUCCAGGAAGACUUUCUUUUUUACAUGCCGUGUAUAAGUGAAGGAGAAUGUGAGACGUUCUAUUCAGUUCCUGAAGGUCCCAGCACGUGGAGCAAAAUGUCGCACAUCGCGCGGAGCAUGUGGUACAACCCGAAAACGCAUCGGAGAGUUGUACAGCACAAAAAUCCAUCGUGGAGCCAUGUGUGUCCCGUGUGUAAUCUACAAGACUGUUAUCAUCUUGACCCAGAGUAAUUUAAGGAAUGUUUAUUCGUUUUCCCAUAGUAACAGUUGAAAUAAUUGGCCAAACUUUCUUAAAACCCUCCACCUCUGUCUACCCAGGAGUAUAAAUGGGCACACCACAGUUAGUUGAUCGGGAAUCCGCGUGUGGUGGGGUAAAGCGUGGGUACUGUCAUCUCUUCCAAGACAUCUGGCCAUUGUGGAAGAGGUCACAAAUAUCCUCGAGAGGGACUCCAUUGAGCUCCUCUCGAGGACAUUCCACCAGUGGUG